AUGGAAUUGCUGAAGGAAUUCGAGGAAAGCUCCGUGGAUGAUGAUAUGAUGCUUGAUGAGGAAGAGGAAGAGACUGAUGGAUCGGAUUUGGCGCAUAGGCUACAUGGACUUGACCUUGAUUUGAUACCACCUGACGAGCUGUGGAACGCCUUGACUCCCGCUGAGCGCGAUAGGUUUCUAAAAACCAUUCAAGACCCGGACGGUGACCUUGCACAACAGCUCCUUUCAAGCGAAGAACUGGAGAAGGCACGUAUCGAGCCAUGGUGGGAGGCACCGGUUGAACUCGAGUCAGACGACGCUUGGACUUCAUCUACCAAGGGAUCUACGGGAUUACCGGCAAAAAAAUAUGGCACAAGUCCAAAAAUCAUGCACAUACCUGCGUCGCUGGUCCGAUCAUCGCUCGAACCUGGAAAAACCCCGCUGCUGCUGUAUAACUUGUGUAGUGUGGUCAUUGUAUACGCAUAUCUUACCCGAUAUUUCUCCAUCUCUCCCAUCUCUGUCAUCGAAAAAUCUGAACGAGAAGAGGGUCAUCGAAUCAUCACACAACUUCUACCCUUUCUUACUGACCGCAAGUCCACCGUCGUACACUCAUCAUUAUCUGGUGCGAUAACUGACCUCUGGUCAAGAUUCACGACAGGACAGAUGAGCUCGGCAUUCUUCGCGAUCUUGUUGAGUGACGCGGCCAAAUUGAUUCGACCAUUGUCCGUCUCUUUGAUAUCGUCCCCCAGCUCCACCCCUUCAGAUGGUCUGUCAGGGGACUAUUCCGAUCUCAAUAGCCACCCCAGCGCCAAUAUUCUCCAAGUUCUUUCCGAUCUGUCCGGGAUGUUCGACGAGCCAACACAUGCCGAUGAUAUUUCCAUGUCAUCUGUUCCUGUACCCAGGGCGAGCCACGCAUUAAAACAUAGUCACACUAAACACAAGCUUACCUUUUACGCUGCUCACACGUUGUCUGUUCCAAAUCUUCUCUUACGUGCUCUUGCAGACGAAAUUGCAGUCCGCGCCGGCAGAGUUGCUCGUGAGAAUACUUAUUUUAAAGACGAUAAAUCAACCGAGAGGGCGCGAGGAGGAAACAGUUCGUCUCACAUUGCAAGAACAGGCGGCUCGCGCAUAGAAGAAGUGAAUGAAUGA